GUUCUCGGCGCCAUCAUGUCAUCCACUGCAGACUCGGAGCUCACUGCCGCAAUACCACUCUGGCCAGAGGGCGCGGAAUUGAAGCACUAUACAGGCGGAUGCCACUGCAGGCAGUUCCGCUACAGAUUGACCCACCCCGUGUUCGAAGAGGGGCAGUUCGAGGUUGUCGUCUGCAACUGUAGCUUCUGUACGGCGCACGGCAAGAUGAAUAUAUACGCGCUCGAAAAUAAGUUCGAGCUCCUGUCAAACAAUGUCGAGGAGCUGAAACUGUAUCAGUUCCACGCAAGGGUCGUCGAGCACUAUUUUUGUCCCACGUGUGGCGUCCAGUUUUUGACGAAAGCGCUCGGUUAUGUUGUAGUCAACGCGCGUACCGUGGAUGGCGUCGACUUGAUGAAGCUGAAGAUCAAGCAUGUUGAUCUUCGGAACACCUGAGGAGGAUAACAUUACCGUUUGGGAGGGAAAGUAGAUGGUAUAAAGAAACAGGACGUGGUGGAGAGGCGGACUUAGCUUGACGGCAGCCCUAUGAAGCCAAUCAUUUGCAUGAUUC